GACGCUCCCGCAUGUCCGUGCCUCACCCGCGCACACGCACGCCGGGCCCUCCCACGUGUGGCGGAGCGGCAGGGGCCGGGCCCGGGCAGUCUCUACCCCCACGCCGCUCGGGGGCAGGGGGCGGAGCGGGGACGAGGCGCACGAUGGCGGCGGCCGGGUCCGAGGCGGCGCUGCCCGUUCUGGCCGAGCAGCUGGGACUCGCCGCCCGAGCGGAGCGGCUCUCGGAGGCCUCCUCGGCCCCCGGCUGCCUGGAGACCGUGCGGCGGCUGACGGGCCUGUUCCGGGAGGCGCGGCCCAGAGAAAUGGCAGAAGAAAGUAUGUUCCAGAGUCUCCUGAAAAUCUUGACUAAAGCCUCAUGUGAAAUGGAAUUGGCCUGCAAGGAUUCCAUGGAACUGAUAACUCUAGACACAUGUCUGCUGCUUAUAGCAGAAUGUUUCAGAUGUCUACGGAAUGCCUGUGUUCGGUGUGCCAAGAAUCAAGAUGUUCUAAGGAAUCUGGGUCUGAUUGAAGUGUCUGUCCAAUUGAUCCAGUUGCUUCAUGAAUUAGAAGUUGAACAGGAAUCGUUAUUGGCUGCUUUACGUUGUAGCCUCCAGUUUCUUGGAAACCUUGCAGCAGGGAAUGGAGAUUCCCAGAAUAGCAUUUGGAAGUGCGCUUUCCCAGAUCUUUUCUUGAAUUGCCUCAAUCACCAUGAUGAGAAAAUUAUUACCUAUUGCUGUAUGGUACUGUUCACCUGCCUGAAUUCAGAGAAAGUGAGAGAACUACUGAAGCAUAAGAACUUGAAUGUAGCUCUUGCUGUUGUAAAAGUCUAUAAAAAGCAACUGGAGUCUGAAUGGUCGUUCUUGAUUGUUACAGACCAUUUGCUGAAAUGUCCAGAGCUGGUAAAAGUCAUGUAUGCCAAACUGAGCAAUCAAGAAAGGAUUACUUUGUUAGAACUGAUAAUGGCCAAAAUAAGUGAGAAAAAUUCAGUGACCAGUGAGGAAAUGGCAGUGCUCUUGAAAGAUGCUGAAUUUCUUGCAAGCCUUUUCCAGGAGAAAUGUCAUGAUGUGCUCAAAUUAACUUCUGCUGCAAAUACGGAAGAUGAGGAAGCAAUAGUUACAAUUCGGCUUCUUGAUGUUCUUUGUGAAAUGACAUCGAACAAUGAACAACUGGAACAUCUGCAAACUUGUCCUGGUUUGCUUGAGACAGCUGUGGAUACUUUGCGGCUAACUCACCUGGCUGGGAAACAGACUGCAAAUAUCUUCACUGCCACACAUUCUAUGACAGGAGAGGGAGAAAUUUCACAUCCAGCUGUGGGUUUUAAAUCACACCUCAUUCGAUUGAUUGGAAAUUUGUGUUACAAGAAUAAGGAAAACCAAGACAAGGUUUAUCGAUUAGAUGGAAUUCCACUGAUCCUGGACAACUGCAGUAUUGAUGACAACAACCCUUUUGUGAAUCAGUGGGCCGUGUAUGCCAUCCGAAAUCUCACUGAGCAAAACGAAAGAAACCAAGAGGUUAUUGCACAGAUGGAGCAGCAGGGACUGGCAGACAAUUCCAUCCUCAAGAACAUGGGUUUGGAGAUUGAGAAACGAGAUGAGAAGCUAAUAUUGAAAUCUGUUAGAAAGAACCCAACUUCAUGAGCAGUCCCAUGUAAACUUUUUGAGGAUUGUCACCAAGUAAAAAGAAGGCUUUCCCAAAUAAUACAGUAUGAAGGCCCUGUUAGGAUUUCCAUUUUUUUUUCCAGUUUAAGUUCCAAUCUGCUGGAAGCGUUAUUACCUUUUCCAGAGAAAUUGUCAAACAAUAAUGGUCAUUCACCACUGUGACACAUGAACACCACAAAUGCAAAAACCUUUUCAAAUCUGGAGAUUUGCAGUAAUUUCAUUAAUUCUUUGUUUUGCUAGUGGAAAAGUGUCAUGAAGUCAGGAAACUGAUUAAUGGUUACUUAUCUCAUUUGUUAUACCUGAAGAUAAUGAUGGUUAAAAAGUCACUAUGAGAUAUCACUUCUGUGAUAUGUUAAAAGCAGCAGCGCUGAAUCAGUAAACGUUGGUACUUCAAAAAAUAAAUAAGAAUGUUUAAAUAUUUGUAUUUAUAUAAUGCAAUGACAGUGAAAGAUUGGAUAAAUACUUUCUGAAUUAAACACAUACGAUGCUGCCUUCUGUGUAUUUAAAUUAUUCGUAAGUUAUCUUUUCUACCUUGUUACUUUCAGUCAUUAUGCUGAGUAUGUUAAAAACAAAGUUGAAGCUGUUGUGGCAACAGAUGCUGCAUUCCUCUGCUCUGGGGCAUGUCUAUAUUUUGGAGACUUGGAUGUUUAUUUGAAUUUUAUUUGUUCCUUUGGAUGGUAACUCAACCCUCUCUCCUUUUAUUUUGCACUUCUCAUGGGUUUUCUGAACUCUGGCAGACGGCUGAAGAGGUAGUUUCUCACUGUGAUUAAUUCUAGCAGUUUCUUUUCACCCCUCUGCCUUUCCAAAACAUUGACAAAACUCAUUUCCAGUUAAUUAAUUCAAGAGAGGCAGAAGAAUGGAAGGCCCUGCCUCUUCAUUUUAGGUACCCUCCUAUAUUGUUGUUGGACCCGGCCACUGUGGAAUGUGGCAUGAAUGAGAUGGGUGGAAGAAAAAGUGCAUGAUUAACUCUUCUUGUUCUGAACUGUUGCUUUAGAAAUUAGGGAACAUGGCUCUUGAUGAAUUAAGCAGAACAAAAGUUAUUAUCUAAUGGUAAUUUUAUUAACUCUGUAUAUACUACUGCUAUGAAUGAAUUCUGUUCUGUCCCACAAAAGGGUCUUAUUAAAUUAAAUUGCUCAUGUUCAACUAUCACUUCACUCAUCACUUUAUUUGGAAUAAUAAACUUCUGUCAAUAUAAAUGCAUGAGAGUUUAAACAACCAUAUUCAAAGGGAAAAUGAAUGUAGUUUUUUAAACAUUAAGACAUUUAUAUUUAUGCUUAUCUGCAUCCUAAAUUAUUGGGGGAAGCUGAAAUCCUUCCAUUUAAACACAUGAUCUAGGCAUUUAUAGUGUUCACCUGACGUGUCGAUAAAGCUGACUUGAUGAGAUUAUUGCCCAGCAGUAGUGCACUCAUUUUAGGCAAUGUUUGGCUUUAGGCUGGGGGCUAUCGGGCUGCAGCCCCUUUUAGUUCUUUAGCCAUCUUAUGUAGUCAAGUGUCGAAAAACACAAAGAUGAUCACAUGCACGAAGGUAGGACUACCACUUCUCCUUUCUAAUAUAAAUAUCAAAGAGAGCAUAUCAAAGCAUAAGCUUAUGCUCCCAAUACUUCUGUUAGUCUUAAACUAAGGACCCUCUGUUGCUUUUUACAGAUUCAGACUAACACGGCUACCCCGCUGAAAAGAGAGAAAAGGUUCUCUUUGAUUUCAAAAGCCCAAAUGUGUUGCCUAAAGAAAAACAACAAAAUAAUAAAUAUCUUAUUUGGGAUUUUUAAAUGAUGUGGCAGAAAAGUGUCUUGACAGCACACUGGAAGAAUUUUUUUGAAUUGCUUCAUCUGUUGCAUUCCAGUUUAUAAAAGCUAUAUAGGAUUCAGUACCAUCUCUAGUUAAAUGGCACAGGGAAUACUUUUUGUGUUCUUUGUGGAGUCUACACUGUCAGUUUCCAGUUCCUUGAUAACUCCCAUAAAAUUUACACGUCAUGUUUAGGCUGCAGCUUAGCUAGUAGUUAAAUCGUUAUUUAAGAUCAGCUAUGUUUAUCAUCGUUCAUAGCACUGAAGUAUGGCAACUCAAUUCUAUCACGCAGUUAAAGAAAAAACUUUAAAUUUUUAUGUUCUCAAAAUAAAAUAAAUGUAAUGUGUUUUUCUGUAAAAGUAAAUGGAUUUAAUCUUUGGUUUUUUAUCUUAAAAACUUUAAUGAAGGAUUUGUGAAAGGCACUAGCACUUAAAAAAUAAAAUGGAAGUAUUUAAACUUAUAAUUCUAAAAUCUCAGAAUUUUCAGAUUUAUUUUAGAAACAUUUACAGAAUUUACAUUAGAUAAUAUAAUGCAGUGUUGAAAAUGUAAGAUGAACAAAAAUGCAACCUGGACAGAAAAUGAGCUUUCUUUGCAAACAACAAUGCAAAGGAUUUCUUUCUAUUCUGGGUUAUAAUGAGUUAAAAUCUUGUCCACAAAGCAAAUCCAGAUAAAUCUUUGGUUGUGGAAUAAGCAGUGGGAGUUCCCUUUUCCUUUUAACCAGUUUGGAAUAGACACUUUUCUUAACUCAAUGGUUGUAUGCCCACCAAUGGAAUAUAUACAAACCCAUAAGUAUAAGCCAAAUAAUAACAAACACAAAUAAAUAAAAGGGUUUUUUGUGGCAUUACAUAAUGGAGUAAUAGUUGUGUUUUCUAAAUGGGAAAUGUAAGGCUUUCAUAGUAUAAAACAUGCUGAUUACUGUAUUGUGAGUGGCUGGCUUUUGAUUUUCCUGGAUGGAUUAAUUCUCAGAACACAACAGCUUCCUUGUCCUCCGCCAAUGGAGUUCCAGCCUCCAAGAGAUUUGUUUUAUAUGCUAGAGGAUUAAUACAGCACACGAAUCAGUUAUAAAAAAGCAAGCCUUAUUGAGUUUGUAGAGAGGCAAAGCAGUCAAAUCAAGUCUUGUGACCAUCUUAUUGCUUUCAAGAAUUUCAAACAAAAGUGAUCCUUUUUUUUUUAAGGUCUAUUUAUUAAAAGUAAAGUGGGAUUUUCAUAGUAAUGAGUGGAUGGAUUUUAACAGGGGUUUUUGCAAGUUGAGAGAAAUAGAUUUGAAUGUUUCUCAAUUUAUUUCUGAAUUGUAUCCAGGAUCAUCUAAUAAUGUUGAGUUGAUGUGUUCUAUAUAAUAUGUACAUCAUGAGUAUUAAAAAAAAAUUCAGACAUUUAA